UCUAAAUUCGCGACACCCAACAAAAACUUCAUAAUCAUUGUGCUUUGUCAAUCACCGGUUUAAAAUCGUUAAAAAGUUUUAUGAAAAGAUGUCCAGAGGUAGCAGUGCCGGUUUUGAUCGUCACAUAACGAUCUUUUCACCCGAAGGAAGACUUUACCAGGUAGAAUAUGCUUUUAAAGCUAUUAAUCAAGCUGGACUCACGUCGAUUGCUCUAAAAGGAGUCGAUUCGGCUGUUUGUGUUACUCAAAAAAAGAUUCCUGAUAAACUCAUCGAUUCCGACACAAUAGGGCAUUUAUUUCAACUAACCGAACAUUCUGGGUGUGUUAUGACUGGAAUGAUUGCUGAUAGUAAAUCGCAGGUGCAAAGAGCUCGUUACGAAGCAGCCCAAUUCAAGUAUAAAUAUGGUUAUGAGAUGCCCAUUGAUUCUUUGUGUAGAAGAAUCGCUGAUAUAUCCCAAGUUUAUACUCAAAAUGCUGAAAUGAGACCAUUGGGUUGUUCGAUGAUUUUAAUUGGGUAUGAUCAAGAAAAAGGACCGUGUGUCUAUAAGACUGAUCCUGCUGGAUAUUAUUGUGGAUAUCGAGCUGUUAGUGUUGGGUCGAAACAAACUGAGGCAAACAGUUAUUUAGAGAAGAAAUUAAAGAAGAAACAAGAGCUGCAAUUUGAUGAGGUUAUUCAAUUGGCUAUUAGCUGUUUAUCAAGCGUAUUAUCAGUCGAUUUUAAACCAUCAGAGAUUGAAGUUGGAGUUGUUAGUAAGGAUAACCCGAAAUUUACAAAGUUGGGUGAAAAUGAAAUUGAUAAACACCUUGUUGCUAUUGCGGAAAAGGAUUAAUAUUAAAUAGGUUAAUUUUGAUUGA